UUCGGUUUGUCACUAGCGCCCUCUGCCUAUCCUUCUUUUCUCCCCAGGACGGAGCCAUGGCUCGAGGACCAAAGCAUCAUCUGAAGCGCCUGGUGGCCCCCAAGUCAUGGAUGUUGGAUAAGCUUGGGGGAGUUUAUGCUCCUCGUCCCUCCACUGGCCCACACAGGCUGAGGGAGUGCCUGCCAUUGGUCAUCCUCCUCCGUAACCGCCUGAAGUAUGCUCUCACCAACACGGAGGUGAUGAAGAUCACCAUGCAGAGGCUUAUCAGGGUGGAUGGCAAGAUCCGCACUGACCGCAACUUCCCUACUGGCUUCAUGGAUGUGGUUAGCAUCAAGAAGACUGGAGAGCACUUCCGCAUUUUGUAUGAUGUGAAGGGUCGCUUCAUUGCCCAUAGAAUCACUGAUGAAGAGGCUAAGUACAAAUUGUGCAAGGUGAAAAAGGUGUCUGUUGGACCCAAGGGAGUGCCAUUCCUUGUGACCUCUGAUGGCAGAACUCUCCGCUAUCCAGACCCCCUUGUGAAGGUCAAUGACUCCAUCCUGUAUGACCUUGAGAAGAGCAAGAUGAAGGACAUCAUAAAGUUUGAUUCAGGCAACCUGUGCAUGAUCACUGGUGGCCGUAACUUGGGCAGAGUUGGCACCAUUGUCUCUCGUGAACGUCAUGCUGGAAGCUUUGACAUAGUGCAUGUAAAGGAUGCUGUUGGCCAUACCUUUGCUACCAGGUUGAAUAAUGUGUUUGUCAUUGGCAAGGGAAACAAAGCCUAUGUGUCCCUCCCCCGUGGAAAGGGCAUCAAACUCUCCAUUGCAGAAGAACGCGACCGCAGGCUUGCACAGAAAGUAAACUAAGGCCAGGACACUGGAAUAAAAUAAAAAAAGGAAGAGACUUA